GCUACUACUGCUAUUACUACUUUUCCUCCCACACAAAGUCAACCCAUCAAAAGAAGGAGAAAGAAUAAUACUAUUCCUAAUCAUAAUAUAGUAAGCAAAUUAUAUAAUAAUACAUACAAUAUCUAUAACACCUUUUAUUAUUAUUAUUUUAGUCCUGUGAUGAUAAAGACGGACAUUAUAUUAUAAAACCAAAUGAAUCACUUACACCACGAUAUAAAAUGAUGAGAUUGUUAGGACAAGGAACAUUUGGAAAAGUAGUCGAGUGUUAUGAUAGAGUGAAAAGGAGUUUUUGUGCAAUUAAAAUUAUUAGAGCUAUACCAAAAUACAGAGAUGCAAGUAAAAUUGAAAUAAGAGUCUUGAACAGUUUAAAAGAACACGAUCCUAUCAAUUUAAAUAAAUGUAUACAUUUGAUAGAAUGGUUUGAUUAUCAAAAUCAUAUCUGUAUGGUGUUUGAUUUAUUAAGUCAAUCUGUAUUUGACUUUUUAAAAUCAAAUGAAUUUCGUCCUUUUCCACUUCAUCAUAUUCAACAAUUUGCUAAACAAAUACUGACAAGUGUAGCCUUUGUACACGAAUUAAAAUUGAUUCAUACUGAUUUGAAACCAGAGAAUAUCUUGUUAGUGGACAAUAGUAGUGUAGAAGCAGGGAAUUCUUAUUUUGGUGUCGAUCCAAAGUCAAAAAUAUUAGAAAAUACUGACAUCAGAUUAAUUGAUUUUGGAUCAGCUACAUUUGAACAAGAUUAUCAUUCCAAUGUAGUCUCUACAAGACAUUACAGAGCACCGGAAAUUAUAUUGGGUCUAGGCUGGUCCUAUCCUUGUGAUAUAUGGUCUAUUGGAUGUAUUCUUGUAGAAUUUUUAACAGGGGAUGCUUUAUUUCAAACUCAUGAUAACUUGGAGCAUUUAGCUAUGAUGGUCGUUGUGUUGGGUAAAAUACCUCAAAAACUAAUAAAAAAUGCAAGUCCUGAAGCUCAAAAGUUUUUUAAAGAUGGAAAACUAAAAUACCCUGAUGUUGAUACCACGAAACAAAGUAAAAAAUAUGUUCGUGCACUAAAAUUAUUAAAGCAUAUUAUCAAUCCACAUACAAAUGCUCAAUUUCAGUUCCUUGAUCUUUUAUCAAAAAUGUUAGUCUAUGAUCCUACAGAGAGAAUUACUGCAAGAGAAGCAUUAAGGCAUCCUUUCUUUAUGAUUAACUUUGACAAUUAUGGCUAUGAAAUUAAAUAUAAUAAUCAUUAAUAUACUGCUACAUUUAUCUAUUAUUAUUUUUUUUUUUUUGCAUGAAUCAGAAGCUACUAUUGG